AUGAUACACAGCAGUAGAAUAGUAGGAAGCACAGCUCUCUGACUCUUUCCUCCUUCAUUCGUCCGGUGAGCCGUGAACAUGGACACACACUCAGUCACACUCUUAUUACUUCUGCUGAACUUUUCUACAUACAGUGGGUUCCUGAUCAGACAUAUGAGUAAAGGUGUAUGUUUGACAGUUCUGGGUGAAAGGAUUGUGGUUCUGAGGAUCUGUGAUGUGAAGAACCCAUCUCAGGACUGGUCCUGGACUGAAGACAGGAAGCUGAAACACACUCACUCUGCUGUGUGUUUAUGGGUGAACAUCAGCAUGGGUGUGCCCUCUCAUGCCCGCCUGGUGAAAACACGCCCCUGUAAUUCCGCCCCUACAUGGAAGUGUUAUGAUGAGUUUGGUACCUUUGGGCUGGAAAUGUUGCCUCUAUACCUUCAGAAACAGGGUGAGCGGGCAGUGGUCCGGUCAGAACCCAAACACUCCAACUGGACCCAGUACACAGAGAGCAAAUUGGAGCUGACACACCUUUGCUCCCACACAGGUUCUUCAACAGCUGCUAAAACUGCAGGAUUGAUAACAACAGUGAGGAUCCCUGUUACAUACCACAACACUGUUAGAACCAGAACCAAGAGGACCGGGACCACUAGUACCCUUAAUAAAGACAAACUGACACACACCGUUGAAUUGGGACUUCUCAACAAAGAAAAACAGGAAGCCUUCUCUGUCACGGAGCUCCCUUCUGAAAUGAGAAAUGUGAUGAGUAACAUCACGGCUGUUUCAGAUUUCCUGCAGGACACACAUCAGAGCACAGCAACAGUCUCAGAGUUUACUCUUAAUCCCACUGAAAGGCACAAAAUAGUGACAUCACUUCCUGCAAAAGAUGAAACUACACGCAUCACAUCUUCAACUGCACUAAACUCAUUCAACUCCUCUAACACCUCCUCCAACUUGUCCUCCUUCAAUGCUUCUGUCCUCUCAACAGCAGCUGAGACUCAAACUGACAUCAAACCUGUCAAACACACGCCAACUCAAUCACUUAUCACAGGAAGUCAACACUCAGUAACGUCCAUAAUAGCUAUAAGCAAAUCUCAGACACCAAGCAUGAUAACUGCAACCACACAUUCCCCCAAAGUGAGUGCAUCUGCCCCACAAAAGACUGUGUCUGAGACCACAAUUACCCCUACAGUGACUGGAGCACAGAGUGAAACCACUGUACCAUCUACUGCAGUUCUUACUUCAGCAGCUACUCAAACAACAGGGACUGCACCUGUACCCCAAAAAACUACUACCACAACUGGGCUUGUAUCUAAAAUUAGUUUAAAAUGGGUAUCUACACCUGGGCCUGUAACUAUGGCAACUGGAUCAUCAUCUUGGAUUUCUAAUGCAGCAACAACUACAACUGCCCCUGGAACUGCUUCAGCUCCAAAUACAGGUACCCAUGUAACUGCAAUAGAUAGCAGAGUAACUAUACCUGUAACCAAAGCUCCCAGCUCCACCACAGUUACCCCUACAAAUAAAGCAAGAAGGGACACUACAUUUGUAGCUAUAAACACAACUCUUACUGCAAUAAAUACAUCUACAGAGGGAAUUACAUCCACCCCAAUAAUUACAACCACUGAGGCAAUUACAGCUGACCUAAUAGCUACAACUAAUGAAAUACUUAGAACUUCCCCAAUAACUAAAGCUACUGAGGCAACGACAUCUGCCCCAGUAACUACAGCUACUGAUUCUUCAGCAACAAUGUCUAGAAUAACAACAAGAGGAGCAGCCAUACCUGCUGGGAGUCUAACUACUGAACCUCCAGUAACAACUACACCAACUACCACUGUGAGCUCCACCACAUUCACCACCUCCACAACCCCUCAGUUUCAAACCACAGAGGAAGAGGUCAGAUGUGUGGUGAACCAAACUGAAGCCAUCGUUUACACGAACUCCAGUGUAAUUAUGUUCAGAUCAGCAGGACCGCUCUGUUUUUUCACUCUGAUCAACCAUGAGACUGGAAUGCAGUUAACCAACUGCUCUCAAGUCCAAACCUACAGAAACAGAUUUACCUGUGAGGUAUCAGAUCUGAAACCUGGCACUGGUUAUCAUUUUGGAAUAAUUUCCCAAUCUGAUGGAGAGCAUUUCAACUUUUCACUUUACACCGCUCCAUCAGCAGUAAGCAGUCUAAGUGUUUCUGCCGCCUCCACCAACAUCAGUGUUUCCUGGCAGCCGGGGCCUGGACAAAGAGAGACCUUCUGGGUAACGCUGAGUCGUGAUGAUGCACUGCUCCAGAACCUGAUGUUUAAAAGCACUGUGACAUCAUGCACUCUGGAUGGCCUUAGACCAGGAACACUCUAUACUGUCACUGUGGUAACGGAAGCAUUCGGGAAACAACAAAAUGUAACAAAAGACAUUCGGACAGUCCCUGCUCCUGUAACCAAGCUAAAACUGGAAAACUAUGGCAGUGAAGACUCAUUUAUUACCUCAUGGACUCCUGCAGAAGGAGAAGUGGAUAAAUACCUGAUCUCCUUAACUUCAUCCUCUUCUUCCACUGAACAGAUCCCAUUGGUCCAACUCCACCCCAACACAUCCCAUUGGGUCUUCAGGGCUCUGACACCUGGACGGGGUUAUUAUGUGUCAGUAAGGACUAAAAGUGGUGAAGUCAGCACUGAGGCUAAAACUCCUGGUAGAACAGUUCCUGGGCAUGUUCAGAAGCUUCAAGUACAUCACAGUAAUGAAUCAUCAGUGUGUGUUCAGUGGCGCCCCCCUCUGGGAGAGUGGGAUAAAUAUUCUGUCUACCUGACAGAUAUAGGAGGAGGAGUGAAAAAAAGACAGACACUAAGCAGAGAAAUAAAUGAGUUCAGCUUUCAUGACCUCACACCUGGAAAAGAGUACAAUAUCACUGUGGUAACACACAGUGGAGACUUGAACAGUUCCACCUCCAUCACCACCCAGACCAUUCCAGCUGGUGUCACGAAGCUUAUUGUCAGUAAUGAGGGUACAACUGAUGCUCUGCGUGUGAGCUGGACAAAAGCAGAAGGAGAUGCUGACUUGUACCGCGUGCUGCUUAUCCAGAACAGCAUUGUGAUCAGAAAUGAGAGUGUGAUAUCACAGCAGACAUCACAUAGCUUCCAUAUGCUGAGGAGUGGCACCCAUUACAGAGUAGUGGUGAUCAGUAUGAAGAACGGUGUGUCCUCCAAGCAAAGAGUGUCUGAAGGGUACACAGUGCCUGCAGCCGUGGGUGGAAUCUCAGUCAGUAAUAACGGUCGGUCGGAUUUCCUCAGUGUGUGGUGGAGACCUGCACAGGGGGACGUCGACAAGUACACAGUUACACUCAGUCAUCUUGGCAACAUCAUACACAUUCAUAUCGUGCCCAAGUCCAGCUCUGAGUGUGUGUUCAACUCAUUGACAUCCGGUCGCCUGUACAACAUCAGCGUCAAUACACACAGUGGAUUGUACACUAACCACACAGUGGUGCAGGAGAGAACGCAGCCAUCUCCUGUGCUGACUCCGUGUGUUACACACAUGGCACGUGAUGACUCUUUGAGGGUGUACUGGCGACAUCCUUCUGGAGAUUUUGACUUUUACCAGAUUGUCGUUAAACAUAACAACAUGAUCCAACACAACACUACAGUCACACAGUACCAGGAUGAGUGUGUAUUCACUGGCCUUGUCCCAGGACGACUGUACACCGUCAUCAUCAGCACUUGGAGCGGCAAGUACGAAGCCAGUGUGUCUACUCAUGGGAGAACACUCCCAGGGGGUGUGCGCAACCUGACAUUGUUGUCUCAGGGGACACAGGAGCUGGGUGUGGCAUGGGCACCAGCUGUUGGUGAUGUGGAUCAUUAUGAGAUUCAGAUUGUGUUUAAUGAUAUGAAGGUGUUUCACCCUAUCACUCUAAGCAGCAGUACGACUCAGCAUGUCCUCUCACUGCUCACACCCGGACGCCUCUACAAGAUCAUUGUGUCCACCUUCAGUGGUCCCAAUCUUAGUACACGCUUCAUUGAAGGGAGAACAGUCCCAAGUAAAGUGAAGAACAUCCAUGUCAGUAAUGUAGAGGAGACAUCAGGUCUGCGUGUGAGCUGGACUCCAUCUCAGGGUGACGUGGACAGUUACUGUGUGUUCCUGAUUGGUCCAGGCAGAGUCAUGGAGAAAUGCCCCACCCUCAAACACGUAAAUGAUGUUACCUUCAGCCUAUUACAGCCCGGAGAAAAAUACAGCAUCCAAGUGCAGACUAUCAGUGGGAAUUUACACAACAACAACACUAUUACAGCACGCACAGUGCCUUCCCCAGUGGAGUCAGUGCAUGUGGACAGUGGUGUGAGUCUGAGCAGUGUGUGUGUGAGGUGGCGUGUGGGGCAAGGUGUGUGUGAUGGGUUCAAUGUGUUGCUACAGGAUGAGAGAAGGUUGGUAUUGAGGAAUGUCACACUGCCACCUGUCUCACUGCAGCACGAGUUCACAAAUCUCACCCCAGGCAGGAAGUACCACAUCCUCAUACACACCUUGAGUGGAGGGAUACAGAGCAGAGUGUCUGUCACACACACACGCACACUCCCAGCUCCUGUCACCAAUCUGUCCAUUCUGAGCCGCUCCUCCUCAUCCCUGUCUCUAGGGUGGUCUCAUCCAGUGGGGGAUUUUGACAGCUUUGUUGUUUACCUGUACAGAGGUGAUAGCUCUCUGCAGGAGCAGUGCAAUGGAGGAACAAAUAUAAUGAGCUGCUCCUUCACUGACCUGAGACCUGGAACUGAAUACAGAGCUACAGUUCUGACAAAGAGUGCAGAACUCAGCAACAAAAACUCCAUCCACACCCGGACAGUGCCGGCGGCCGUGUCCUCAGUGUGUGUAGAGAGCAGGAACAGGACAGACACUCUAUUUGUGAGCUGGAAACCUGCUGCAGGUGAAGUAAGCGGAUACACAGUCACCAUGUAUGACUUGAAUCAAUCCCAGCAUGCCGAGCAGAGGCUGAGCUCUAACAUCACACAGCUGGAGUUCCAUGGCCUUGUACCAGGACGUCUCUACUUUGCCAACAUUACCACACACAGUGCUAACCUCUCCAACAUGGCUACCUCUAUCGCCAGGACCGCACCAAAGCCACCAUCACUUUUCUCUUACGGGAAUGUGACCAACACGUCAGUGGAAGUGAAGUGGGCGGGGCCAGAUGGAUCAGAUUAUGAUGACUUUGACCUGCAGUGGUCUCCGAGUGAUACCCUGUCCGUGAUUAAGCCCUAUCAGAGCACUACGUCAGGCAGCCACCUGCUGAAGGGCCUGUACCCAGGACGACUGUACACACUCCACCUCCGCACAGUCAGUCGUACAGGAGGACAUGCUGCAUACAGCCAACCUGUCUCCAUACACAUCCGCACCAAGCCUCAGCGGAUCUCAAGUCUUCACUGUCGGCCAUUAAACUCGUCUGCGGUCUUGUGUUCAUGGAGCCCUCCACAGGGUGAUUUUGACUCGUACAAGGUGGAUUGUUUCCAUCAGGACUCGGGUGUGUUGGUGAACUCCACCCAAACUCCACACAACUCCACUCUGUACCACAUCACCAACCUUGAACCUCACAAAUGCUACAGAAUCUCCAUUCAAGUAAUCUCUGACACCAUGACCAGCGAGGCAGCUGAGCAGAUCACUAUCACCAUGAUUGACCGCCCCCCACAGCCCCCCCCAUACAGCCGGGUCAGAAAGAGCACUGCCCACAUCACUACGUCUUCCAUCUUCUUCCUUUUUAAUUGCAGCUGGUUUAGUGAUGCUAACGGAGCCAUCCAGUACUUCAGCAUCAUCGUAACAGAGUCAGACAAGAGUGAAGAUAUUCAGCCUGAACAGCGCCACCCACUGCCCUCCUACAGGGAUUACAUUAAUAACACCUCUGUGAAGGUGUAUCAGACAGGAUAUUUCUCCAGCAAUUGUGAUCGGGAACUCAGCAGCUACACACACACUUUCAACAUCACACUGGGUUCAGGCAUGGAUACUCUAGGAGGGAAGUGUGAACACACACCCAUACACACACUCAGCACAGACAAAGCGCAUGGUGUGUACUGUGAUGGCCCUUUGAAACCCAACACUGCCUACCGACUAAGUGUGCGAGGUUUCACACAGCUCGCUUCAUCUCCUCUCUUUAGAGAUACUUACCUCUCGCUGCCUUUAGUCACAGACACAGAGCCUCUAGGGGGUGUGAUAGAGGGAGUAAGUGCAGGACUCUUCCUCAUCAUCUCAGUGGUGGCAAUCAUCAUUAUUCUCAUCUGUAGGCACAAAACACACAAAGUUAUACAGGAGCCAAUGGUGAGGAUGAGUGUCAGGAGAGAAAGAACAAUGUCAAUCUCGAGAAUCAGAGGGAAUCGACGUAUUUCAAGUCCGAUUAACAUUUUAAACUUUGAGGUUCAUCUCAGUAAACUGCAGGCCGACUCCAACUACCUGCUCUCUCAGGAAUAUGAGGAUCUAAAGGAAGUGGGUCGGAACCAGCCUCUGGACACAGCAUUAUUGUCUGAAAAUAGAGGAAAAAACCGAUACAAUAACAUCCUACCAUAUGAUUCUUCUCGUGUGAAACUAUCCUCUGUAGAUGAUGAUCCGAGUUCAGACUACAUCAAUGCCAGCUACAUUCCUGGCAAUCAUUUUAGGCGUGAAUACAUCGCCACACAGGGACCACUUCCAGGGACUAAAGAUGAUUUUUGGAAAAUGGUGUGGGAGCAAAACGUCCACAACAUUGUCAUGUUGACUCAAUGUGUGGAAAAAGGACGGGUGAAAUGCGACCACUAUUGGCCAUUUGAUCAGGACCCAUUGUAUUAUGGAGAUCUGAUUGUUCGGAUGCAGUCUGAGUCAGUUCUACCAGAGUGGACCAUCAGAGAGUUUAAGAUCUGCAGUGAGGAUCAACUGAAUUACUCUAAAACUGUCCGUCAGUUCCACUACACUGUGUGGCCUGAUCAUGGAGUUCCUGAAAGUACUCAGUCUCUAGUGCAGUUUGUUCGCACUGUGAGAGAUUAUAUCAACAGAACCCCAGGGACCGGACCUUCAAUCAUCCACUGCAGUGCUGGAGUGGGCCGUACUGGAACCUUUAUUAUUCUGGACCGGGUUCUGCAGCAGUUAAACUGUAAAGACACAGUGGACAUUUAUGGUGCAGUGUUUGACCUGAGACUGCAUCGCUCACACAUGGUGCAGACUGAGAGUCAGUACAUGUACCUGCACCAGUGUGUACGUGAUGUUCUUCGUGCGAGAAAGUUACGUAGUGAGCAGGAGAACCCACUGUAUCCUGUCUAUGAGAACGUGGCUCCGGAGAAACACUGGGACAGAGUGAACAUGCACCGUUAAAAACUGGAGCAGAAAGGAGACUUCUCAUUUGGAGCACUGAAAUCUGAGUUAAAUGCAUAUUAAGUAUAUUUUUAUGAAGCAUGUGUAAGUUAUAAACAUGUUAUAAACACUGUAUACUGAAUAUAAAUCUCAUACUUGAGCUAAUGUACAGGACCAAGUGAAUGUUUUUUAAGGUUAAUUAAAGUUUAUCAUCUUCAGUGUCAAAA